CGGAAUCCGCAGGUCAGGAAAGUGCCAGCGAUUUUUAUAAAUCGGACGAGGUGUCUUCCCAGAAAAAAAAUCGCACUUCAAGAACCAAGACGAGUAUGCUGCUGGAGAUACAUCGGACGAGAAGGAUAUAAGGAACACGGUGGGAAACAUUCCGAUGCACUGGUACGAUGAGUAUAAACACGUUGGAUACGAUUAAGAUGCAAACUGCCGGAAACUGAUGCCAUCGAUUAUUUACUGAAAAAGAUGGAAGAUCCGAACUUUUGGCGAACAGUUAAGAAUCUACAAACUCGUCAAAAUAUUGUGCUGAGUGACGAAGACGUUCGGCACAUGAAGCGUAUCGUGGCUGGGAGAAAUACGGAUGAUCAGUACGACGAUUAUCAGCCCUGGAUUGAGUGGUUCACAUCAGAAGUAGAAAAGAUGCCCAUUCGUAAUAUUACGGAUCAAAAGCGUUCAUUGUUGCCAAGUAAAUCGGAGAAGCUGAAAAUCCAUGGCCUUGUUCAUGCACUCAAGAUGGGUUGGAUUAAAACACGUGCCAAGGUAGAAAAGCAAGCCGCUUUGAACAAAGGCCCUAAGUUCUACAUGGUUUGGGACACCGAUCAAGGAAGAAAUGCGUCGCAUUCAUGAUCAUGUUGUCGCUCAUAAGAGACCGCUUCCGGGACAUGCUGAGUCCUACAAUCUAUAACUGGAAUAUUUAUUUAUCAAUCAUUUCAAGGACAUUAAACAGGUUACGGGGCAAGGGCGGGGGGAUUACUUCGCCACUGUCAUGCUGGAACCUGCCAAUCGUUCAGUAUUCAUUCAUCAGUUCAAUAUUAAUUCUUCAA